ACGAAAAAAAAUUUUUUAUUAAAGGAAUGCACCCGAAUAUUCGUCGCCUACAAAUAUCAAAUUAAGAAAUAUCGUCGAUAUUUCAUAAAAAUAUCAGGUCUACCGAGAUAUCGUAGUUAUAUCGCAUAUCCUGCCAUCCUGAAUUCCUGGUACUCACUCAUGACAGAUCGAAAAGUUAUUGCCUUAUUCUUUGGUUUGAUAUUUACACUGGCUUAGCCUUGCGGCUUGCAUUUGGAUUAUCCUCUCAGAAAUAUGAAAUUGCACAAAUGUCAAUUUUAAGUAUUUGCUGCCUGUAAUAGUUGACUUAAAUCAAAUUUUUUUAUUGUGAUCCACUGAUUAUCAAUUAACUUUUCUACAAUCAAAAAGGUUUUAUUAGCAAAAAUGCCUUUAAAUUCAGAUAUAUCAACAGCUCUCCAUUUGCUAGAGCAUAUUUACGAACGUGUGAAAGAUAGUGAUGAUUCGAAGCUUCAGCUACACACGAGCAAUGAUCUUGAGUCACUGAUUUCUCUUCUAGAAAAUCCAGUUCUGCGAAAUAUAGCAGUAAUACAAGAUUCAUUGGACGAUUUGAACGAUCAACUUUCACAGCAUCCCUCUCUUUUACCUGAUGAUUUCGAUAUAAACACAAAUGGACGAUUAGAAUUAUCAGUACCAACAACUCCAAUUCAGCCAUUUGAAACAAACAUUUAUCAAGAGUUGUACCAAGAAAACACUGAAAUUGAUGAUCAACGAGUGCCAGUUGCAUCACUUAUAAACGCCAAUAACGAAGAUACCACUCCCCAGGCUUUAAGUCAAAUGAUUGGUAGUGAUGUCAUUCCACCAAUAACAACACCAACAUAUGCUAAAGAGUUUCAAAGGGUCAUUAAUUCCGCAUCACAAGGAAGACAAGUUGUCACUGUUCAACUGUAUAAACCAGAAGGUACUAGUUUGGGUUUUAGUGUUGUUGGAUUACGAAGCAACGACAAAGGAGAACUUGGUAUAUUUCUGCAAGAAAUCCAGCCAAAUGGCAUCGCAGAAUGUGAUGGUAGACUGGUUGAAGGUGAUCAGAUACUAGCGAUCGAUGGACAACCACUUGAUUCAAAUAUUUCACAUGAACAGGCAAUAUCAAUACUUCAAAAAGCUCGCGGUACUGUUGAGUUAGUUGUUGCACGAACAAUUCAAGAUAUUGAAGGUGCUAUUUUAUCACAUGAACUACGUAUUUCAUCAAGCCCAACAUUUGGUGAAAUCGAAACCGAUUCAACAGUUAAACGUAGUGAAAGUGAUAAUCAAUCGUUGUCAUUAGAAAAAGAUUGGCUAUCAUCAAGUUCAGUUUCGUUAAAAAAUCAAACAAUCUUAUCACCAAUAAAUACCAAUAAAUUAAUAUCGAUUGCACCAACAGAAUCACCGAAAAUAGAUAAAAAUACAACAGGUGAUACAAUAAAAACAAGUACUGAUAUGGUGUUAAAUACAGAAUGGGCACAAGUUGAAGUCAUCAAUUUAAUAAAUGACGGUAGUGGACUUGGUUUUGGUAUUAUUGGUGGCAGAAGUACUGGUGUUGUUGUUAAAACAAUAUUACCAGGUGGUGUUGCUGAUCGUGAUAAUAGAUUACAAAGUGGCGAUCAUAUAUUACAAAUUGGUGAUGUUAACUUGCGUGGCAUGGGUAGUGAACAAGUUGCCGCUGUAUUACGACAAUCAGGUACCCAUGUACGUCUUGUUGUUGCACGUCCAGUAGAACCAACAUCACCAGAUUAUCAGACAAUUGGUAGUCAUGCACCAAUUGUUCCAACUAAAAUACUUGGUGAUCCGGAUGAACUAGAUAAACAUUUGUUACACAGUAUACCAGAAAAUUAUAACAUACCUCAUUUCCGAACUGAUUCAAAUCCUGAAAAUAAUAGAUUUUCACAAGAUAGUGAUAUGGACAUGCAUACAAGACCAAGUCUUAUCAUGGAAGUAGUACGUAAUCCGCUAUCGAUUGGACAAAUACCAAUUAUUCCAGUUGUAGCUGAUAUAUCAUUGCUAUCAUUAGAAACAGUAAAUGUUAAUUCACUGCCAGAAAUGGAAAGAUUUACUGUUGAAUUAAAAAAAGACAGUUAUGGACUUGGAAUAACAAUUGCUGGAUAUGUCUGUGAGAAAGAGGAGUUAUCCGGAAUAUUUGUUAAAAGUAUCAGCAAAGGAAGUGCUGCUGAUGUUAGUGGUAAAAUACAAAUAAAUGACAGAAUCGUUGAAGUUGAUGGGCACUCGUUACAAGGAUACUCGAAUCAUGAAGCGGUUGAAGUACUAAGAAGUACAGGACAAAUUGUUGUACUCUGUUUAGAAAGAUAUUUACGGGGACCAAAAUAUGAACAAUUACAACAAGCUAUUGCUGCUAGUGAAUUACGAGUACCACAAUUGAAUUCACCAUCAAUUACAAGUUUGCCCAGUUUUCCAAUGAGUACGGAUGGUGAUACAAUUGAAAUUGAGCUGGAGGGUGAAUCACACACGACAGUUGACAGUGCAGCGUUGCGGGGAGUUGAUCAAAGCGAUGUUUCCAAUAAGCUGGAGGAUAUGUCACUGGUUGAAGCUCUUUUGAGUGACCCAUCUUGUGAAUUAACGCCUCAAAUUGAAGCAGCGAUAAAAGAUAAAUGGCAGCGAAUUGUUGGUCUAGACAUCGAGAUUGUUGUAGCGCAGUUGAAAAAAUUUGCUGAAAGCAGUGGGCUUGGAAUAAGUCUUGAGGGAACAGUUGACGUUGAGAACGGACAAGAAGUUCGACCACACCAUUAUAUACGUUCAAUUCUUCCAGAAGGACCGGUCGGACAAAAUAGAAUUCUCUGUUCUGGUGAUGAACUUUUAGAGGUCAAUGGUUAUCGUCUCUUGGGAAUAAAUCACAUGGAAGUUGUGACUGUGUUAAAAGAAUUACCAAUUCAUGUUAGAAUGGUUUGUGGAAGAAGUCAUACAUUACAAGAUCCACUAUGUCCAAUCGACACAGCACAGCAUCAACUCGCAUUUCAAUCUAGAAGUAUUUUGGGUGGAUCAUUGCAAAAUUUACUGCCAACAAUGGAUCGUCUUGUUAAAGCAAAAUCAGAUGGUUCAUUAGCAUCAACAACAACAACAACAACUGCAACUAUAACUGAUGCAAAUUUAACUAAAAUGAAGUCACGUUCAUUGGAACCACUAAUUGGUUUGGCAAUGUGGAGUGCUGAGCCACAUAUUAUUGAACUUGUUAAAGGUGAAAGGGGCCUUGGUUUUUCAAUUUUAGACUAUCAGGAUCCAAUGAAUCCAAAUGAAACUGUAAUAGUAAUACGUUCAUUAGUACCUGGUGGUGUUGCUCAACUUGAUGGUCAAUUAAUACCAGGCGAUCGUUUGAUAUUUGUUAAUAAUACAAUACUUGAAAAUGCAACACUUGAUCAAGCAGUACAAUCAUUAAAAGGUGCACCGAAAGGUACAGUACGUAUUGGUGUUGCGAAACCAUUACCAAUACCCGAUUGCAUUACACAGUUAAAUAGUACUGAUUUAUCAAAAAUCGAUGAUAACGGUAAACUUACGAAAAUUAAUAAUGAUAAACAUAGACGUGAAUAUUUUAGAAAAAGAAAAGUUAAUAUAACACAACCAUUGCAUUAUAUCAGUUUAAUCGAAAGCUUAGAGAAUCAGCAUAAUCUUGUUAAAUCAGAAAGUUUUUAAGAAAUAAUAUUUCAUUUAUAAUUAUUAAUGUUGAAUUACACUAUAAUCCGUUUAGUACACUUUCAUUAAACUUAUAUUAACAAUUAAUUUAUCAUUGUUAUUCAAUAAUAUUUUUGAAAUUUUUGAAUAUCAAAAUUUCUUUUUUUAUUUUUUUUUUUAUUGUUAUAUUUUAAUUAAAGUAAACAUUUAUUCAAGAUAAUGAAUAUCUUUAAAUGCUUACUAAAUAAUAAUAUUUUUUCGAACUUUGAAAUAUUAUCACUCUACAUGUAUGUUUUUUAUUAUCUUCCUAUCAAGGAAUCACGUAUUUUACGAUCAAUCCAAUCACGAUAAUACGAAACACGAACAUAGACUCCAGGUUUAUUUAUUUUUCCACAAUGCUGUC